CCGCACGUCCCAGCCAGGCAUUCAUCCCUGCUGUGCCUUGGGCCAAGGUUCCAACAGACCUCACCAAAAUGCCGUCUCAAAUGGAACAUGCCAUGGAAACCAUGAUGUUCACGUUUCGCAAGUUUGCUGGUGAUAAAGGCUACUUAACAAAGGAGGACCUGCGAGUACUCAUGGAAAAGGAGUUCCCUGGAUUUUUGGAAAAUCAGAAAGACCCUCUGGCCGUGGACAAAAUAAUGAAGGACCUCGACCAGUGCCGAGAUGGCAAAGUGGGCUUCCAGAGCUUCUUCUCACUAAUUGUAGGGCUCACCAUUGCAUGCAAUGACUUUUUUGUAGUACACAUGAAGCAGAAGGAAAGAAAUAGGCGAUUUUGAGCACCAUUCCUGCCCAAUGAGAGUUCUGAAGGGUCUCUUAAGGAAU